AUGCAGGAGAGCUAUGAAACAGUGAUCUCGCUGGGUAAGGGAUCCCACUGCUUAAAAUGUCUGUGCCGCCGGACUUGAACUCGAACCUUAUCUACCCAGAACUAAAAAUAGCUCUGUGGCAUCUCAAGUCAUCACAUGGAAAUUGUGUCAUGAUGCCAGUUUGCCUCAAUCACUGACUUUACCUCCAAUGGCGCUCUCUUCCCUUGUCUCCCAAGACAGAUGAACGCCAACAAAAUAGUGGGGACCACACAUUGGUUUAUAUACAUUUUUUUUGCGGUGGGAAAGAGCUGCUGAUUUUUAAGGCCAUAUAGAAGUCACUACCUUCUCCCCUAUAUAGGAGGGUUUCCCAAACUUGAGUCUCUAGCUGUUUUUGGACUACAACUCCCAUCAUCCCUAGCUAGCAGGACCAGUGGUCAGGGAUGAUAGGAAUUGUAGUUUCAAAAUAGCCGGAGACCCAAGUUUGGGAAACCCUGCUAUAUAGCAUCCAAAGGCCACUGCCUAACCAAACAUUUUAUCCUCCAGAAAUAUCUUGUUUGGUUUAUCAACCUGUUUUCUGCUCUUCUCCUCUUAGCGGAAGAAAUUGCCAUUAGCUGGCCCCGGAUAACUGCCUUCACAGAGACCCGAGGGCGCCGAGGCUUGGCUCCUGGUAAGUCCUUUAUUCGAUAGGAUUUUAAGAAAUUGUGUGCUACAAAUCCUUCCUCUGUUCAACUACCUAAAAGAGUGGAACUCAUUUCUUCCUUGUGAGCUGUAAGCCUUCCCUUCUCAAACUGCACUGAAAGGGAAGCUAGAAUUUGCUCCCACAUUGCAGGGCAGCAGGAACUUUUGGCCACAAACUUCUGAGGGCCACAUGCCAGUAGUGGGUGGGGCCAGGCAGAAGCAGACAGAGCGAUGGAUAUGACUCUUACCCUUGCGUACAGCGGGUGAUGCAGAAAUCAGGAGUUUAUACACGCACACCCCACACCCACCUCUCCAUCCAGGCAAACAAGAGGUCAAGGGCACAUUCCAGCCAGGCAAAAGCAUUCAAAGAGGACAUGAAAGAGGGCCGGUGUGGUGUGCAGCCUUGGAAGAGGUAGUAUGGCCUGAGGAAAUUCCUGAAGGCCCAAAGUGUUCUCCACCUGGUGGAGAACACUUUGGGCCCUGGUGUUCUCCACCUGUGGCCCUGGUGUUCUCCACCUGUGUUUUGCUGUAUGAGUUUCUUCCAACUGUGGUCCUAAAUAUUUCAGUUUGUUAAUAGUUGUAGACAGUGUUUGAAAUUAGCCAGGCACCAGGUGCUUUUGGACCUGACUAGUGGCCACUAGCAGCCAAGUGAAGAUGCCUAGGAGCCAGGAUGGUGCCUGACAUCUCCACCAUCUGGAGGUGCAUGCCUGGGGAUCAUUGGAUCUGGACUGUUUUCACAUACUAGUACCCCAUCCUGUUAUAUUUUACCUGCACAGUCAGAAUGAAUUUUAGGAACCAAAAUGCUUUUUCUGCGCCGCCUGAGAAGGAGCAGUGACCAACAUUACAGUUAACUGCUUUAGCUUAUCUUCACUUUCCCAACUCCCACCGCCCUGCUCACAGUUGUGAAGAAUAUUCUUAUGUUAUGAAUGGUCCAUGUCACCAUUAAGAAAAAGAGGUAGGGACAGGAAUGUAUGUGGACUAGUCUUCUUUUAAGUUCUCAGAGUUCUUAAUCUAGCUCAAGGUUGUCAUCUGAACUAGCCAGAUGUUUAACUGAUAAUCACAGUCAGUCAGUCCUUUGGAAAAAUAAGACUUUAGAGCCGUCUUGCCCCAAAAUGGCAACUAGACAUUCCAUUUUGGCGACUGUAACCUUGGUUUAUUUGAGUUUCUAACACUGGCUGCAGAAAGGAUGGAACCUCAUUUGCAAACUGUCAGGUACUCUGACUCAGGUGGUGACAAGCGCUCACAGCAAAGUCGGCUACAGUGGUAUCUCAGGUUAAGUACUUAAUUCGUUCCGGAGGUCCGUUCUUAACCUGAAAUUGUUCUUAACCUGAAGCACCACUAUAGCUAAUGGGGCCUCCUGCCGCCUCUGCGCUGCCGGAGCACGAUUUCUGUUCUCAUCCUGAAACAAAGUUCUUAACCCGAGGUACUAUUUCUGGGUUAGCGGAGCCUGUAACCUGAAGUGUAUGUAACCUGAAGCAUAUGUAACCUCCCCACCCCAAGCGAGAGCAGAGAAAUUCACCUAGAGCAGAGCCUCUGAGCUGCUUGGCUAAACCGUCAAAUUCUCCCUUUACCAUCCUCACUCUCCUGAUUGGCUGUGUCUCCUCCCUGCCAUGAACAGCUCUGGGUCUCCAGGAUGACGACCCAACGGCCUGUCCCAUUGCAGCAACCCUGGAGCAGACAAAGACAGCCGUCUUGUCUUAACUCGCGCCAUUUGUCCCAAGGGCACAAUCCUCCUCCAGCGUUUCGCAGGCCUUGCCCCCGUGUAAAUUAGCUCACGCCUAGAAUAGGCAACGGGGCUCCUAGGGCCCUCCAUUCACAGCGGAGUCUGGCAUUCCUUUCACUUUGUUUCUCUCCCUCUUCCCAGGGCUAGAAAUGGAACCUGAGCAAGGGCAACUGGCACCUUUGCAGGGGCAGGCGGCAGCAGCGGCGGCAGCAGCAGCUACAGUCGGCUCGAGUGAAGAAGGGAUCCUGCCGGACUUCCGGAGGCAGCUCGGGGUGAUCCUGCAGACUGUUGGCAAGGCACAAGUGGAGAAGAUGCUGAGGGAGCUGGUGAAGGAGCAGGAGCAGCAGGGGAGAGUCAGGCGGCGCAAGAGGGUGACCCGGAGCCCCCGCCUUGGAGGUAAGGGCAUCAGCUGGGGCAAGUGGAACGCUGAGGCCUGGCCACCUUGCUUUGGGCAGCUGAAAAGGGGUGUGGCAGGCAGGAUCGAGUUUUGCAGCAAUCAGACACUACCAUUUAAUUCUUAACUGUUUUUAAGAUCUGUGGCCAAGUAUUUGCCUGCUUUUAUUUCAAACCACGAUGUGAUAUUGCUCGAAACCCUCUGCCAUCGUGUGCAGUGUGAGCUUUUUCUGGCUUAGCCUUUCCCCUUGGACACCCAUCCUUCUGCUCCCUGCCACUUAAACCCUUCUUUUCUGCAUAGCACCUCUGCCCUCAAAUAAAACUUAGUCAUACCUUGGAAGUCGAAUGGCAUCCAUUCCAGAAAGUCCGUUCGACUUCCAAAAUGUUUGGAAACCAAAGUGCAGCUUCUGAUUGGCUGCAGGAAGCCCCUGUAAGCAAUCGGAAGCCUCGGAAGCCCCAUCAGAUGUUCAGCUUCCAAAAAUCAUUUGCAAACCGGAGCAGUCACUUCUGGGUUUGUGGCAUUCGGGAGCCAGAACAUUCGAGAACUAAGCUGUUUGAAAACCAAGGUACGGCUGUAGUGGAAAACUUCCAGAUAUAUUCAGAUUCACCAAAUUUACUGCAAAUGUGUUGACUUUUAACCUACCUUGGGGUCAAAUUUUGGUUUGGUUUUUGUUUUUAAGCAAACAAACAGAAACCCAACAAUAAUUCAGAACAAAAAUAUCACUAAUCCCUGUCUUCUCCUGCAGUGUGGGGAGGAGGAGGAAAAAUGCCUUUAUUGAUAGUGCUUUAGGCCCUGAGGGGUAUGGACACCCAUGCGAAAGUAGCAGUUAAUGUUAAAUGCAGUAUAAAGGCCUGGUUUUAACCUAUGGGGCCUAAAUGAUGUGAGCCCAAUGUACCAACUGCCUCCACACAUUCCUAAAGAGCUGUCUUAUACCAAGCCAAACCAUUUAACCCACAUCUCUGCUAGGAUGGGGAACCUCAGGCCAUGGGAACAAAUGCAGCCCUACAGACCUAUCUGGCCCAAAGGACUCUCCUCAGACCCCACCCCUCCUCCCCCUGGGAUCCCCACACAUGUCACCAGCCCUGCUUUUCACCCUCCGUGAGAGUGUUUGCCUGGCUAGAAAGUAUCCUUGAACUCUAAUAGUGAAGGAUAGAGCAGGGUGUGAUGUGUGUGGAAAGAAGGCUGUUAUUACUAUAAUUUAUACCUGCCUUUCACCCUAAGGUCCCAGGGCAGCUUACCUUCACAGAAAUAAUGUAGGUCUAAAAACAGGCAUCUCAAGUGUCAAAAGCCAGGGUAAAGAGGUACUUACUUGCUGUACAAAGGUAAAAUCAGUGUUUGUUGCUCUGCCUCGUUUUUCUCUGGCCCAGACAACCACUGUCAGCUGGCCCCUGUAGGCUUCCCUAGAAGGGAAAAUGGCCCUCAGGGUGCAAAGGGUUCCCUACCCCUGGUCCAGCCUGUCUUUUGUUUUCAAAAAGGUUUUCAGGGUCUCUGCUGGACAUCUUUAUUACCUGAGAUGUUUUGAUGGAGGGCUUAGAAAUUGAACGUGGGCCCUUUUACAUGCAAAGCAUUCACACUGCUGCAGAGCCUCUCUUGCGAUCUGACCACGAGCCCCUUCUCAGGAAUAUGGAAGAGUGAGUCCAGCUCCCCCUUGUAGACAUUAUUGCGUUCUCCCCCUGCCCCAAGGUGCAGAAAUUUAUCCACCUUUGUGUCUCAGCAGGUGGUGAAGCAGGUGGGCAGAACAACUCAGAGGCCUCACAUGCUGGAACAUUGGAAGCACCCACCAUCCUGUCUAGAAAGCCAGUUGCGAAUGAGCUGCAGGUGCCCCUCUUGUGCCCAGGGCUGGUGGCAGGCCAAAAACAACCCAUUUCAGGGAAGAUUUUUCAUGGGGACGCCAGAGGGUGUAAGAACAGCCUUGUCCACCAGCAGAGCCCUCUGGGAACGAGAUGGGGGGCAGGCCUUGAGCCCCGGGAGAGCGUUGGCUGCAGCCCGCUCCACAGCAUGAGCCGGGACUCCCAGGAUGCCGCGAGACUCUGGCCGCCUUUUGGCGAAAGAGCCCAGUUCUUCUCAGCAUGGCAGAAACCACGCUUCACCCAGAGACGCCGACGCCCGCCUGCAGGAGAGAAACCCCACCGCUGCGGGCCAUGCAGGAGGACCAUUGUCGUCCCGCCACAGAGAUCCAGCUCACCUCCAAAUUCCGACUUGGCUCCUAUCCUGGAUUCUGCCUCCGCCUCUUCUCUUGCCUUGCCUCUGAACUCUGUAGGGGCAGCAACUACCCAGCUGCCAGGCGGGAACUCUGUUUCAGCCCAGCCCCGGAAACCCCACGGCUGCGAGGAGUGUGGCAAGCGGUUCCGAAUCCUCGCCAACUUAGAGCGGCACCAGCAGCGCCACGCAGUGGAAAAGCCUCACCAGUGCCGUGACUGCGGGCGCCGUUUCCGCUGGGGCUGCCACCUGGAGCGCCACCGGCGGUCGCGCCGCUGCGUGGAGUGUGGUGGGGGGUUGGCCACGCCACCUCCACCCCCUUCCCCGCCCCCAGAACCCGACCGGCCCUAUUCCUGUGGUGAAUGUGGGAGGCGGUUCACCCAGCGCUCGGCGCUCAGCAAGCACCGGCGGCUGCACUCGGGGGAGCGGCCUUAUGGCUGCGGAGAGUGCGGCAAGCGCUUCCUGCAGCGCUCCGACCUCACCAUCCACGUGCGCUCGCAUUCCGGGGAGCAGCCCUACGUCUGCACGGAGUGUGGCCGCCGCUUCAGCGUCAGCUCGAACCUCAGCAAGCACAGGCGCAUGCACCGCGGGGAGCGCCCCCACGCCUGCUCAGUCUGCGCCAAGCGCUUCCUGCAGCGCUCCGAGCUCCUCAUCCACCAGCGUGCUCACACCGGGGAGCGCCCCUACCCCUGCACAGCCUGCGGGAAGCGCUUUGCUCGCCGGGCGCACCUCAAACGCCACCAGCGCACCCACGGCAGCGUGCCUGCCGCAACCACUGCCUCUCGUCACCAGAGUGCCCGUCUGCUGGCCCCCUCCGCAGCAGAUACCACACCCCUUCUUGAACACGAAGGGGCGCCCGAUGCCCUGGAGUCACGCCCCUGCUCCAACGCACAUGUUGCGGGCCCACGCCCACCAGCAUCCGAGCCUGUCUUUUCAGCAGGCCGAAGUCCUGUGGGUGCUGCUUCGCUGGGCCUUCCCUGGGCCGUGACCUCCUCCGCCCGCCUCCCCUUCUGUUCCAGUUCUCUUUGA